AUGAAAUUAAAAGUUGUUGUUUUAAUUAUUUUGGUGUUGCUUAUGGUUUCAUUUACCUAUUCUUUUGGACCAGAUUGCGAAGAUGGAGACGAAGAUGAUUGUGAUAAUGGUUUACAUAUAACAACCAGUGGUCAACCAGAUAAUACAGCGUCGAGUGGUACAUCAGGUGGUAAUACGACACAAAGUCCCUCACCAACCACCUCAGGAGGUGGCAAUGGAACAACAAAUUCCUCAGCAAGCACCGGAGGUCAAUCACCAAGUCCCUCACUAUUUACCAGUACAACUUCAUUUAGCACAGGAGGUUCCACCCCAUCACCAAAUAACUCAACAGGUAUCAGCGAUGAAUCAUCAGAAAGUGUAGAUAUGGAGGGCGAUUUAGCUUCAAAAUCUACUACAAUUGGUUAUAAUAAAAAGCAAAAUGAAAAGGACCCAUUCAAAUAUAAAUCUAUCAAUGGAUCAUAUAUAGCAUAUGCUAUUGGUGUUGUUUGUAUUGCUUUCAUUAUGGUUGUUUUGUAUAAAAAAUUUAGAGCAGGAAGUGUAGCACCAAUAGAUAUAGAUACAGCAAACUAUUCUGUUUUGGAGAUGAGAGAUUAA